AUGUCCAUGAUGACUCCUAUCGAUGAGAAACCACCUGGCGUGGAGCGUAUCGAAGACAUAAUGGUGCACAACACCCCGACCCAAGAGGAGGAAGAAUUCACGCCGGAAGAACAGAGGAAGAUCAUUCGGCGCAUUGAUCUUCGUCUUGUUACAAUGACUGGACUGGCUUACUGUAUUUCCCUCAUGGAUCGGACGAAUUUGAGUAUGGCUGCCAUUGCCGGUUUGACGACAGAAUUAGACUUGGAACAUGAUAAUCGCUAUUCUAUCGCCGUGUUGAUGUUCUUCGUGCCAUAUGUCCUCUUCCAGCCGCCGAUGACGAUUUUGAUUCGAAAAAUUGGUCCGACUAUUUUCCUGUCGACGAUUAUUAUGACUUGGGCUGUGACCUUGAUUGGAACGGGUUUCGCGAAGGACUUUGGGCAACUGGUCGGGCUACGAGUUUUGCUGGGUGUUUUGGAGGCAGGGUACUUCCCAGGAUGCGUAUACCUGCUUUCUUGCUGGUAUACUCGGUAUGACGUCCAGAAGCGAUUCUCUGUCUUUUAUUUGAUCGGAUGUGUUGCAUCUGCGCUUUCGGGUAUCUUGGCAUUUGGUUUGAUGCAAUUGAAUGGCCAACAUGGCUUGUCAGGCUGGCGGUGGAUCUUCAUCCUGGAAGGAGUGAUCAGUGGAGCCAUCGGAAUCCUCUGCUACAUCUUCCUCGUCGAUUUCCCCGACCGUGCAUCCAAAUCCUGGAAGUUUCUAAAUGAGGCCGAGUGUGCCUUUAUCGUCCGUCGCAUUGAAAAUGACCGCAAGGAUGGCCACCUGGAGGCGUUCUCGCUCAAGAAGUUCCUCAAGCCGGCAUUGGAUCCGAAGAUUUGGGCAUUUGCUAUGAUCUUCUUUUGUCUCACCACUGUCACCUACGCCAUCGCUUAUUUCCUGCCCAUUAUUCUCCGGUCCGGCAUGGGCUUCGACAUUGGCCAGUCACAAUGCCUGGUCGCGCCUCCGUACGUUUUCGCAGGCAUCGUCAUGUACACUGGCGCGUGGAUUGGCGACAAAUACCACAUGCGUGGACCGAUCCUGAUCGCCAACGCGCUGCUGUGCAUUAUCGGACUCCCGAUGAUGGGCUUCGCUAAGGGUAACGCCACCCGUUAUGCCGGAGUCUUCUUGACGGUCGCUGGAGCGAACGCGAACAUCCCCUCAUGCAUGGCGUACCAGGCAAACAAUGUGCGAGGACAGUGGACGCGUGCAUUCUCCAGCGCCACCCUGGUGGGCUUUGGUGGGCUGGGUGGAAUUGCGAGCAGUUUAGUUUUCCGCGACAAGGAUGCGCCAGAGUACCGACCGGGAAUGUAUGCGGCUCUUGCGUGUAACAUCUUGAUCAUUCUGAUUGUCUGCGCUAUGAGUGUAUGGCUCCGGUUCUGCAAUCGGCAGGCCGAUCGAGGCAAGCGGGUCAUUGAGGGUGAACCCUCAUUCCGGUAUACCAUCUGA